CACCAAUUCCCCAGCUUGCAGCCAUUGUCGCCGGGCAGGCGUAGACUGCGAGAGAGGGAUAAACGUGCGCUUCCGAAACGGUCUAGACAUUCUUGGUAAUGAUGAUACACUAUUUCCGGAAAAGCAUUUGUGGCCAUACUUGAUGGGUCCGCUGAGGUUCGUUGAUGAAACGGUCAUCAUUAAGCGGCUGUAUGAGGUUGUAGAGUCAGAGCACGAUGGCUCGACCGAGGAGUCUCGUGGGGUCAAUGAUGCCUCUGUAACUCCGACCGGGACUGGGCAGUAUCAAGCCCUCGAGCAGUAUACGCCGCCAUUGACGGGUGAUAAUCCUCCGCUACAGACUCUGUACCAUGAUGGUCGCUCGUCUGGGUUGGAAUUGUUGAUGGAAAAUGCUUUUCAGCAUUCUGACAGAGACCCUGGGAGGGAGUUGCAGACUGGUAGUUUGGUGCAGGAACCAAGGUUCUCGUUUAACGAGAGAGAAGCGACGUUGAUGCGUAAUUAUGUUGAGAAUAUGGCUUUGUGGGCAGACAUAACCGACCCUCAUCGACACUUUGAAAUAGAGGUGCCCGUGAGAGCAAUGCAGGAUCCGGUUCUGCGAUACGCUAUCUUCGCUUUCUCUUCUCGUCACGUGGAGCGGCAGAGGAAGGGAAAUGAAGCAGAAGCGCUGCAAUAUCAUAACCACUGCCUGCAGCUGCUGAUUCCUACAUUAUCUGGAACAGGAGGUGACUUGACUGAUGUUGUUCUCGCUACUGUUGCGAUCCUACGCCAACACGAGGAAAUGGAGUAUGAUGAUAACCAGUUCCAUCUGACAGGAGCCACGCGUAUAAUAAACUCUGUCUCAUCUUUUGGAUCCUCGGGCGGGUUGGGUGAAGCGGCAGCCUGGCUCUGUCUCCGUGAGGACAUUCACGUAUCGCUGAUCUCGCAAAAGCCCUUACGAACAAAUCUGGAAAGCUUCCAUCAUUCCGAUAUAUUCCUGAGAGACGAUGACUUCGCAUGGGCAGCUCGAAUGGUCUUUCUAUUAGCCAAAGUAUUGAAAUGUGCGUUCAAUCAGGUGUCUUCGCCAAAUUAUACUGCGCUGCAGAGUAUUGCUCAGGAAGUAGAGGACUGGUAUGCCAGGAAGCCGUCCUCAUUCCAGCCUCUGCGCGAGCUCCCUCGUGGAAAGGAUGCUUCGUGUCGAUUUCCAGAGGUCUGGAUGUUACUACCGGUGCACGUGGUCGGAACUCAGUACUACCAUAUUGCCAAGAUAGUUCUUGCCUUUUCUUGUUGCCCAAGUCCUCCGCUGGCUUACGAGAGUUUCAGAAAUUCGCGAAACAUCGAGAAAACAAUACGAUAUCACCUUUUCAUGGUGCUUGGACUGGCCAAGUCAAACCCCAAAGCGGAGAAUACGCUUUUCACCGCACGGCAUAGCCUGGUAGCGUGGGGCUGGGUCAUUCGGCAAAAAGCGGACCAGCAGGCUGCAGAGAUUCUCCUGAAAGAAAUGUGGACGAGAACGGGGUGGGAUGUGGCUGCAUCGAUCCAGUCUUUACGAGAGCAAUGGGCCGACGAAGAGACCGACAGCUGAACUGACCCGAACAUAUACCGAAACCCGAGUGCUGUUACUCAAUAGU